CAAAUACUGCACCAUUUCCAUAACAACCUACCGAAAAUAUGACAAAUUGGGCAGAUGCUUACCGAAAGCAGGAAGAGAUUAAGUAGGGGCCGGGUUUCGUUGAAAAUUUACGUGGCCUCGGUUGAAACGUGAAAGCUAGCAAAUUUUGUGUGGGUGUAUGGUACAUAGUUCCGGUCAAUAAAGGAGGUGGAAGCAAGCAAGGAAAGGUCUUGGAUUCUUCGUUUGCUGCUUUGAGCCGCCUCCAAUACCACCCCAAUCUCACUCGAAUUUACGAUAGUUGCCAUUCACAGAAAGAAAGAAAGAAAAAAGAUGUUACAAGCUUAAGCUGGUGAGGACGACUUGGAAUCUAGAGAGAGGAAAAGUAAAAGAAAAGUUAAGAGAGAGAAAGAGAAGAGAGGGUUUGCUUUCAUCAGUUGGAUCUGCAAACGUUGUUUCAGAACUGCUGAUAACGGUUUGGUUUUAGAUUCGGUUUUGUUAUUGGAAGCGGCCGCCGACGCCGACGAAGACGCAGAAUCAGUCUGUCUGUCUGUCGUUUCAUUUCAACUGGGAUUUACGGGAGAAGACCUUCUUCGCUGUUGAUGUAAGUCAAUUCGAUGACAUGUGAGAUUUGUCUCUGACCAUCGACUACCGGAGUCUCAAGUAUUCAGAUCGGACGUCGGAGUUUACUCCGGCUUGGUUUCGGUUGGAUUAAUCCCCGGACAAAGUGAAGACUUUUGGGUAAAACGGAUGUGGAUGUGGAUGGAUUCUAGAUUUCUGUGAAGAUUUUGUGUGUGUUUUGGUUUGUCUUGAAUCUAUGAUGGAAAACGCCGGCGGCCAAGUUGCUGCUCCAAUUUACAUUCACCGGACGCUUUCGGGCCGGUUUUGUGAUUCGCCGGUCAUGGGGAGGAAGCGCGAUCUCCCUUACCAGGGCCCCAAUUAUCAACACCCCCACUCGCAGCAGCCGCGCUUCGCAAACCCCGGCAACGACUGGAAUCCUCGCGUUUGGGACUGGGACACUGUCAGAUUUGUUGCCAAGCCGCUGGACUCCAGGAUGAUGCAUCUGGGUUCUACUUCCACAACAGAGCAGAGGAACAAAGAGGAAGCUUCUGGGCCUGUGAAGGACACGGCAGAAGACGAAGACGACGAGAGCCUUCAGCUGAAUCUCGCCGGUGGCUUCACCUCUGUGGAGGAGCCUGUGCCCAGGCCCAAUAAAAGGGUCCGGUCUGGAUCUCCAGGGAAUGGGAAUGGCAACUACCCUAUGUGCCAAGUUGAUAACUGUAAGGAAGAUCUGUCAAAUGCCAAGGACUACCAUCGCCGACAUAAAGUCUGUGAGGUUCACAGUAAAUCCACCAGAGCCCUUGUUGCCAAGCAGAUGCAGAGAUUCUGCCAGCAGUGCAGCAGGUUUCACCCCCUUUCAGAGUUUGAUGAGGGGAAGAGGAGUUGUAGACGGAGACUUGCGGGGCAUAACCGGAGAAGAAGAAAAACCCAACCAGAGGAUGUUACUUCACGGCUCACUCUCCCAGGAGAUGGGGAUAACAAAAUCAUUGGAAAUAGUGAUAUCAUCAACUUGCUAGCUGCUAUAGCUCGUCCUCAAGGGAAAAAUGAUGUCAGAAAUAUCAAUGGCUCAUCAGUGUUGGACAGAGAGCAGCUCCUUCGGGUUCUUAGUAAGAUAAAUUCGUUACCUUUGCCAGCAGAACUUGCUGCCAAGUUGCCUAAUCUUGGAAGUUUGACUAGGAAAGCUUCUGAACUGCUUUCUUUAGAUCUUCAAAACAAAUUGAAUGGAAGAGCAUCUGCAUCAACCAUGGAUUUGCUUACUGUACUAUCUGCUACUCUAGCAACAUCUGCUCCUGAAGCUCACGCAAAGUUAUCUCAAAAGUGCAGCCAGAGCAGUGACAGUGAGAAAACUAAGUUGACCUGCUCUGACCAGGCAGCUGAACCCAAUUUGCACAAGAUACCUCCACAAGAGAUUCAUUCAGCUGGGGGAGAGAGAAGUAGCACUAGUUACCAGUCUCCCAUGGAAGAUUCAGACUGCCAAGUUCAAGAAGCUCGAGUUAAUUUACCCUUACAGCUAUUUAGCUCCUCACCUGAGAAUGACAGCCCGCCAAAACUGGCUUCUUCUAGAAAGUAUUUCUCUUCUGACAGUAGUAAUCCCACUGAAGAUAGGUCUCCUUCAUCUUCCCCUCCUGUUGUGCAAACACUGUUUCCACUGAAGAGUUUGGCAGAGACUGUUAAGUCCGAGAAGUUGUUGGUAAGCAAAGAGGGCAGUGCAAACCCCGACACUAGCUGGACUUGUGGCAGUAACAUGCCUUUUGAUCUUUUUAGAGGGUCAAAUAAGGGAGCUGAAGCGAGCUCCAUUCAAAACUUUCCUAACCAACCUGGCUAUACUUCUUCUGGUUCGGACCAUUCACCUUCUAGUUUAAAUUCUGAUGUGCAGGAUCGCACUGGAAGGAUAUUAUUUAAGCUCUUUGAUAAAGAUCCAAGUCAUUUACCAGGGACAUUGCGGACACAGAUAUACAAUUGGCUUUCCAGCAGUCCAUCUGAAAUGGAGAGCUACAUAAGGCCUGGUUGUGUCGUUCUAUCAGUUUAUGUAUCAAUGCCAUCUGCUUCCUGGGAGCAACUUGAAGAAAACCUGGUUCAGCGUGUCAGUUCUUUGGUUCAGAGUUCAGAUUCUGAUUUUUGGAGAAGUGGGAGGUUUUUAGUUAAUACAGGCAGGCAAUUAGCAUCACACAAAGAUGGAAAAAUUCGUACAUGCAAAGCUUGGAGAUCAUGUAGUUCUCCAGAGUUGAUCUCUGUGUCCCCUUUGGCUGUCGUGGGUGGGCAAGAAACCUCUCUUCUGUUAAGGGGUAGAAAUUUGAAUAAUCUUGGCACCAGGAUUCAUUGCACAUAUAUGGGUGGUUACACGUCAAAGGAAGCUACUGGUUCAGCAUGUCGUGGAACGAUGUAUGAUGAGAUAAACUUGGGUAGUUUCCAAAUUCAUGAUGCAUCUCCUGGUGUUCUUGGUCGCUGUUUUAUAGAGGUGGAAAAUGGUUUUAAGGGCAACAGUUUUCCAGUGAUAAUAGCUGAUGCUACAAUCUGCAGAGAAUUGAAAGUCCUUGAGUCAGUGUUUGAUGCUGAGGCAAAAGUAUGUGAUGUAAUAUCAGUAGCUGGAAGGCAUGAUUAUGGGCGGCCGACAUCAAGGGAUGAAGUCCUACACUUUUUGAAUGAGCUUGGAUGGCUUUUCCAAAGAAAAAGGAUAUGUUCCAUGCUUCAAGAGCCUCAUUAUACACUCAGCCGUUUCAAAUUUUUACUCGCAUUCACUGUCGAGAAAGACUGUUGUGCUUUGGUUAAAACACUUCUAGACAUACUAUUUGAAAGAAAUUUCGACAGUGAUGCGCUGUCGGGAGGAUUGGUUAUGCUGUCAGACAUGCAGCUUCUGAACCGGGCAGUAAAAAGGAGGUGCAGGAAGAUGGUUGACUUGCUCAUUAAUUAUUCUACAGCCAACCGUGACAGUGACGAGCGUUAUAUUUUUCCACCUAAUCUUGCUGGACCUGGUGGCAUGACCCCUCUUCAUUUGGCUGCUUGUAUGUCAAGUACAGAUGACAUAAUUGAUGCUUUGACAAAUGACCCGCUGGAGAUUGGAUUGAACUGCUGGAAGUCUCUUUUGGAUGCUAAUGGGCAGUCUCCGUAUGCUUAUGCUUUGAUGAGGAAUAAUUACUCUUAUAACAACUUGGUGGCUCGUAAGCUUGCUGACAGAAGAAAUAGUCAGAUUACUGUCACAAUUGGAAAUGAGAGAGAUCAACAUCAGAUGAGUAUGGAGCUGGAGCACAGGACAAGUACCCAAUUCAGACAAGGUAGUAGAUCAUGUACCAAGUGUGCAAUUGCAGCUACAAAGUACACUAGGAGGGUUCCCGGUGCUCAAGGCUUGCUUCAGCGUCCCUUCAUUCAUUCUAUGCUUGCCAUAGCUGCUGUUUGUGUAUGUGUCUGCUUGUUCUUGAGAGGCUUACCGGAUAUUGGCUUAGUUGCUCCUUUCAAGUGGGAGAAUUUGGGUUACGGCACAAUUUAAUCUUUAUAGGAUAAGUAGUGAUUAAGAAAUAGGAACAAACUGUGGGUCGACGUGCACUUUCCAGAUUAACUUGAUUGGGAUGAUGCAAUUCUGGAAAAGGGAAGAUUUUUGCUUUAGCGGCAUUCAAGAGGAAGCCUAGGGGGGUGAUGGCGGACCUCAUAAGGAAGUGAUUCUGAAUCAGGCUCAGGUAUUUGAUGAUUCAGAUACUGCAUGUUUAUCUCCAACUGACCCGAUAUGUGUAUAGUCUUGGGUUAUGCUCUUCCUUUUGCUCAUUUGCGUUGCGAAAUAGGUGAAUUUUCUGUCGUUCACCUCUUUAAACGUAGAAACUCUUCCACCCUUGAGACCCCCACCCAUGUAUAAUGUUGGAUAAGAUGAAUGGAUGAAUCGAUGAUUCAUGGCGAUGGGCAGAUUGGAAAAGUAUUCAUGGAAAGUAGGAUGAAGGAAAAGUGUCGGAGGCCCAUAAAGAAGGAAGAAGUGAAAGUGGAUGAAAAAAAUAAGCAGUUAUACCAAAAGUAGAUGUUAAUGAUAUAUGUGGAUGUGGGUCUCCCCUUCCGGAUUUCUAUCUAGCAUAGAGAGAUAGAAGCCUGACCAUGAGAAAAUUUGAUUGGAGUUUAUUUAAGAUAAAAGAGGCAGCUCCCAGGUGGUGUAUUUUUUGCUUUCGAGAUUUUAUAUAAUUUUAUUUUUCGGGUGUAAAUUUCGGAGAUCGAUAUUAUUUAACAAACGGUAAAGAUGUCGUCUCUUUUGUGUUGGAGCUCAGCUUAUACAUGGGAUUUGUACGGUUUCUAAAUCAUGUGCUAAUGGCUAAAUUCACGAUGGGAAGGGAUCUCCUAAGUUGAAGAUUUGAGAAACAAAAAUAUUUAGACGGCGGUGAUGGUGUGUGCCACUGGCUGAGGAAAUGUGAGCUCCAAGGGUUUGAGGUUAGGCAUUUCACAUGGGACUCUUGUAACAUUGCUUAUAGUCUUGUGAAGGGUUUUGCAUUGCUAUUUGCCAUUCCUCCUAGCAAGUUAGCAAGUGCAUCCUUAAUUGAUUUGUGAAACCCAGCUGUUGUGUUGGUGCAUGAUUUUCCAUAUUCCGUGAAACCCCAAUAAACAUUUCUUUGUUGCCUUCACCUAUA